AUGGCUAUCCCAUUCAGUUUUCUGGCAUGUGUACCGAAGUGGGUCGCUCACGGUGCUCUCCGAAAGCGUGCGCGAUCUCAAGCCAUCCUACUUCUCGACUCGCGUGGGCGAAAACACGUUGCGCCGACACUACACAACAUCAGCUUGAACAAACUGCUCCUCAAGCCCUUUACCGAGGUCAUGGCUGCACAUGGAGUCAUUCGCAAAUCGCUUGAACUCGUGACCCAAGCGAUCCAGGCCUUCUAUCAGGAAGAACUCUCCGAGGAGCAGAGUAAGGAUCCUGUAGUCCUGGCCAGAAUGAACAAGGUUGCCAAGAAAUCAUCGAAAAUCGCCAAGUCUAUGUUGACAUCGGUGAAACGAAAGUGGGCAAGGUGGGAAAUGCCUCGUGAUUCCUUCUUCGCAUACGGCCGCUCUGCAAUCCACAAAUCCAAAAAGCGGAAGAAGAAAUCCGCCCCCAGUUCCGAGACCUCCGAGAGCAUGGACGAUUCAACGCUGCAGCAGCUUUUGAACCUGUGUUCGGAUCCGAUUUCCCGCGAGAGCCCCGGCGAGAGUCCCUGGGAAGCCUGUUUGAAGGCCCCCGAUCAGAAGGAGCUCGAGAAAGCAUUGGGGUUCAGCUUGGAUCCUGCAGUGCAUGCUCGGAAAGCCGCUGAGAAGCGGGAGGCCGCUGCGAAGCGGGAGGCCAGUGAGAAGCAGGAAGCCACUGAGAAGCGGGAGGCCGGUGAGAAGCGGGAAGCCGCUGAGAAGGUGGAUGCAGCCUCGCAUCUUGAAGAGACGUUGACCGAGGAAGAGAUCAAUCAGCUUGUGGCUGCACAAGCCGAAGCCAUUACUGGGGUUGAGUCGGGAGAUGCUGAAGCAUCACCUUCCGAGCAUCCAUUGUAUUGUGCAUUCUUGGAUGGACCUGCCCCUACAGAAGCUGAGCCGAAGCCAGAAGUUCCAGAAGCCCCGACCGUGGCAAAGCCUUUCGAAGCUCCGUGCUCCACUCCGGCCAAGCCCCCAGCCAGAAUCAACCAUGUGAUCGAGAUUUCCCCGGGCUCUCCAUUGGAUGCUGUUCCAAAGAAGCUUGCUGCUCCUCGUACUACGGGUCUUGCUGACCAGCUUGCGAGAAUGGAUCCGAAAGCCAUCGAGCAGGUCCUGUCCGUUAUCAACAUGCAAGCGAAGCCAGUGGAUCACGGUGUGAAGCGCCGACUUUCGUUCGGCUCGGACAUCUCGACCCAUUCUGGUACUACUGAUACCACGUCAGGCAGCUGUGCAGAUCGUGAGCGUUUGCAAUUUCAGAAGAUGGAUAACGUGGAGACACAGGCGUGGCUACCAACGGAAGAUGAGUUGGUGCAAGCCUGGGGACAGGUGGAGAAGAAGGAGAUGGAGCUUCGCGAGCGCGAAGCGGAGCUUGCGGAGAUUGAGAAGGAAAAUCAGCGCUUCAAGAGCCAGGAAAAGCUGCGAAAGCAGCUUGAGCUUCAGGAAUUCCGAAGGGCCAGGGCGGCUGCGUCUGUGGUCACUCGGACGAUGCAGCUGGGGCUCACGGCCAACAAGAGGGCCAAGGACACCGAGGCUGAUCCCAGCGGUUCGGCCAAGGCCAAAAGUGCUGGCUCCAAGAAAUCGGCUGCUGCUCCAGCUGAGCCGGAGGAGAGUGAUGCUCCACCUGAGCCGGAGGAGGAGAGUGAUGCUCCAGCUGAGCCGGAGGAGAGUGGUGCUCCGGAGGAGAGUGGUGCUCCAGCUGAGCCGGAGGAGAGUGGUGCUCCAUCUGAGCCGGAGGAGAGUGGCGCUCCUAAGCGCAGUCCCAAGGGCAAGCGUCUGCGCAGGAAGGGUGCCAAGAUGUUCCGAUCCAUGUCCAGGCGGCGCCUCACUUGCAGCGCGAAAUCGACCUCCGAGAAGUGUGCCCCCAAAGGCAAAGCCGGCAAGCGUGGCAAGGUUGCUGAGCACGAGCCAGGUGAGGACGUCGCGAAUGCCACGCAGCACUACGAGGAGGGCGAGAAGAACGAUUUCGAGGACGAAGAGAGUUGGGCUGAGCCGGCUGCGGGAAUCAUUGCCGGUCGCGUGGAUCGGAAGCGGGCUGGGGAGGCCGGCGAGGCCACCGUUAGCGCGAAGCGGUCGCGGAAGUCCAAAGCCAAGGAGUUUGUGGAGCCACCCCCAGAGGAGGAGGAGGCGGAGGAGCAAGAUGAAGAGCCUGAGCGUGCCCCCGAGGAGGAUUCCUCGAGAAAGACCUUUGCCAGGCGGACAAUGGCUGAGAGGGGUUGGAACAGGGCCAGAUGGGAGGCCAUCCGAGAUGCCUACAAUGCCAAGAUCCGCUGCUUUGUGACCGGGCACUCGAAGCUUGAGGAUACGUUCUGGUCCUAUGUGGUCACCAACAUGAAGAAGCGUGGCCAACAGGUCACGGCAAAGGAGUGGCCCGAGGCUGCCCGUGAUGCGUCAUGGGAGUUUCUUCGGGAUGAGAGUAUCAGCUCCUAA